UGCAAAUCACAAAAGAAAAAAAAAUAUAUUCUUAAAGUUUUCAUUUAUUUUAUCACAUUCUUUUUAAAAUAUUUCGGUUUUAAAUUGGUCUAUUUCAAUUUAAUUGGUUUAAAAGCAUUAAGAAGAUCUAUUGGAUUAAGAAUCUGAGAGAAUUUUAGUUAAAACUAUAAAGAAUUGAAAUUAGAAUAGAUUUUGUAAGGUUAUUGUUACAAACUUUAAGGUGACUUGAAUAAAUUUUAGGAAAUUUGAACAUGUAUUUUUAUUUAAUUUAUUUAAAAUUUAUCCUUCAAAACUUUGUUAUGAUUAUUUUUUAUUUUAUAAUAUACAGAAAAUAUAUACAAAUAAAAUAUUUUUUGCCUAGAUUAUUUAGAAAAAAAAGUGAAUUGAAUUAGCUUAUUUAAAAACUUCUAUCAAUAUUAUGUUCAUAGAUUUUUAAUUAUAAAUUAAAUUUUGACACACACAUUUAAAAGGUAUCAUUGUUUUUGGAUGAUGAAAAAAUUAUUUAAAAGCUUUUAUUCUAUACAUGUGAUCUAUUUUUAAGUUUUUUUUAUAAAUUUAUGUUUACAUUUCUGUGCAUUAUUUGUUUUCUUAAGGAUAUUUUUUAAGUUUUGAGAAGAAUUUAGAUCUGCUAAUAUACUUACUUUUAAUUUACAUAUUUAAAAAUUGGAUGAUUUUUUAGAAGUUUUUAUAUAUUUUUGUUACAUGUGUAUAAAUUUAGCUUUUCAAUAUUAAAUUUGCGAAUAUAAGCAAAAGUCUUACAAAAAUAAAAAUAGAGUAACUAUUAUGAUUUUAGAAAAAGAUGUAUUGCUAUGGCUAGAGUAAAUAUUUAUGAUUUGUGAAUAGUUGUGAUGUUUGUUAAUUUUUUCAUUUUUAAAUACUUAAAACAUCAAUAAUACAAGGCCGGAAAAAAAAAAUUUCUCUGGAAAUAAAUUAAAUGGAAACAUGUUUCUAAGGAGACUAAUCCCUAACAUAUACAACUAAUACAUGAUAAACAAAAUAGCGCUUUAGAUAUAAAUUUAUUUCUUUUUUGAAACUAUAUGAAGUUACUUUUUAUCUUUUGAUUACACAUAAAGGCUUUAUUUUAAGCCUAAAAUCCAUGAUCUAUGAUUGCAGAUUUUUAUAAAGAUCCAUGAUCUAUGACUUUAUUUUAACACAUGUAACGGUUGCCAGAUUUGUUUAGUUAUAUAAAUUCAAUUUGGAAAAUUACUAUAUAUUUGAUAUCUUUUUUAUAUAUAAUUAUCUAUGAUUGUACCAUCAAAAACUUGAUGUGAACAUAUUUACAUUACAUAUGUAAAACUUUGUCAUAUCUGUGUUUUAUAAGAGAAAUCAUAAUAUAUUUUUAAUGAAAGAUUGGAAUAACCAUAUGAAUAUAUAAUACUAAAUAUAUUGUACAUUAUUUAUCAAAAUCUUACAAAAAUAAUAAUUAAUAAACAAUUAUAAGUUUAAAGUGAAUUAAAAUGAAAACUGAUAAUUCAUAAUUAGUUUUCAUCUAAAAUGAUAUCAAAUAAAAAAUUCAUAAAACAUUAAUGUAAAUAAUAGAAUAAUUAAAUAUUUUGUAGAGUUAUAUAUACUAACGUUAAUGGAAAUAUUUAGUCCAUAAUAACAAUUUUAAUUUAUAUUUAUUACAGUUUGAAAAAUACAUCUCAAUAGUCAAUAUACAAAUUAUAUAUGGACAAGGUAAUAUGAAAGAAAUUAAAAAGUCCACACUUUAGGUAAGAAAUCACUUUUAUAUUAUUUUUGACUGUAAUCUAAGAAAAUUAAAUGAAAGAUUAUCUCUAAGAAAUUCUUUAUGCAAGUUUAUGUUUAUAUAUAUAAUAUCAAUCCAAAGUAACAGAACACUCAAACAAUUUAGAAAACAUCCUACAAAAUGAGUUUCUUCCAAAAUAUAUUAAUCUCAUUUGUUUUCACUAUUUUCUUCAUGACUUCAAAUGUUCACUGCACCAACAAUGUUCCGGAUUUUGGAGUAGAAGAAAAAUUUACAAAAUGCACUUAUCCUUGUAACCAAGAAGCUGCAUGUGACUGGUUUUGUAGAGCCAAAUAUCAGUCAACUGGUACUUGUAGUUCUGGCCGUUGUUGUUGUGUGUGGAAAAUAAAAAAAUUAGAAAAAAUUUAUUAGAUAUUAUAUUUUUAAUAAAAUGAAAAUAAUAUUACCAAUAAUACAUAAACAUGUUAUCAAACUGAAGUUCCUUUGAUUAAUCUCAAGAAAAUAUUAGUCAAAGUCUACUAAAUAUUAUAAAUGUAAUACAAUAUACAUGAUAUAGAACUGUAAAAUAAGUAGGUUUUUGGUAAACCAAGUUUUCAUAUGAUUACCUAUUUACCUUUGAUAAUUAUUUGUACGUUUAGCAUUUUUCUCUUGUAUGAGUUUGAUCACUUCUCACGAAAGUAAAAGGUUUCAAUUUUAUUUUGUAAUUGGUUGUCGAUAUAAUUGUGUAUUUUAUAUAUUAGAAUAGUUAAGAAUAACAUUUUCAAUAGUGGUUUUGUUCAUAAUCUUGCAGUUAAAUAUCAUUUAGUUGUUUCAUAUCACUUUUACUUUCUGUUAUUGUUUACUCUAAAAUACUAUACUAAUUAGAUAAACAAAUAUAAUUAAUAUAUACAUAUAUAUAUAAGUAAAUAUUGUAAGAAAGUGUUUUAAGUGUUUGGUGAUAUAAAACAAAUGAUCAUAACUUUUUGGAUAGUGACAACGAAGCGGACUAAAAUUCUACUUGAGAAUUUCAAAAGAUAUUAGUGAAUCGAAAUGUAAGAUUUUUGCAUUCAUCAAAAAUAGAUUACAACAUAUAAUUAAUGAAUGAUUUUUUCAGUGGUUAUCAAGAGGAGGAAAAUAUAUUCUUAUAAAAUCUAUUAUCUUUGCUUUUCCAACCUAUGUUAUGUCCAACUUCGUUUAUCAUUGGAUAUAUGUGAAAAGUUCGCGAGUGCUAUUGCAUGAUUUUAGUGGAGCUCAAAUCCACAUAAACGAGAGAGAUGUAUUGGACCAAAUGAAAAAAUCUGUGUUGCCAAAAAGAGGAAGGUGGUCUUGGUUUCUGUAUGAUCCAUGAUUUUAGUUUGAUAUUAUUGACAAACAACUUUGGUGUAUGGUACGGUUCUCAUAUCCUCCUCUCACAAGAGUAUAGUGUGGAAAGUAUUAUAGACAGAGUUUGUCUUUGUAUUCAGUUGCUAUUGAUAGUUCUUCUUAUGUUUGGACAAGUAUAUCAGCAGCUAUGCUAUUACCAUUUUCAGAUAUCCGAUAAAAAGUGCAUUCUAGAUUGAAAUAAGAGCAUAGAAGGAUCCAUGGAUUCCAACGAGUCAUGUGAGACCAGCUCGGCCUAAUGUCUUGGUUGUUCAUCCAAAGAUGACAGUGAUCAUCAACUUAAAGAGUGAAAUAUAUAUAUAUGUUUUGUACCAAAUGAUAUACCGUUUAUUCCGAAUUUGGCCGUUAUGCAAUCCACCCGAGGUGAUAAAUUUUGUUGAAGCUACAAAAAAAUGUUGAUUAUACAAUAAAAUCUAGUGAUUAUGGCAACGAAUAUUAUAACCGUGAACAUGAGGCUAUGGUAAUUUAACCUAUCAUCACAAAGCUUCAAUUCUUUUCUUGAAAAAUAAGUGUUCUUCCAAAGAUACGUCAUCUUAUAUGGCAGAUUGUAAGAUAUGUCAUCUUAUAUAGCAGAUUGUAAGAUAUGUCAUCUUAUAUGGCAGAUUGUAACAAGACAUUUUGCGGUAACACGAAACCUAACACAUCGUCAUAUGCAAUGUGAUAAUCAUUACCUUCGAUGUGGGGAAGUAAAUGAAUAUAUUAAUCAUGCUAUUUUUGAAUCUUUUCAUGUUUUGUAGGCCUCGACAUUAUCAUCUACACUUUCAUGCCCAUCAUUUUCCCCAUUUUUAAUGUUUAUAUAAACAUGGAUUAUCAAUUAUGGAAAAAAAUGUUAUUGAAGAUUCAUAACUGGAUAGAGACCUUUUGUCCAUGAGUAAUAUGAUAUUUGUGAAAAUUUUGUAAUGACAAACUAUUUAGGAGAAUCACGGAAAAUUUUCUAGAGCUAUUUAAUCAUGCGGAAGCGGAAGGUGAAUGUAAAACAUGUUUUAAAACGAAUGCAAAAGAAACUAAGGAAGUGCAACCAUUUCAUCAUUCACUGACACCUUAAGUUUAUAAAACAUAUGUUUAGUGGAUGGUUCUUGGACUUAUGAGGCAUAAUUCAAUAUAUAUGGAAGGGUACGGAAAGAGUCUCCAAGACAAACAUGGACUAUGGAACUAUGAUUCAACACACAAUCUAUCAACAUUUUUAGAACAUAUUGCAAGUUUUUUAUUUCAAUGAUUCAAGAUCCAACAACAUGACCAAGCUUUUCAAAAGGUUUGAAUGAAUUAGUCAUCCGUAAAGACAGAUUUUUAAGACUUGAAAAUUAUCUACCAUUUUCGUUAUUUUUCUCUAAUUUUUAUAUGAUCUGAAAAGUUAAUGAGCAAUUUCGUGCAUAAAAUAAAUAUAAAAGAAACGACAAACAAUAAUAUCAAUGAUAUUUUAUAUAUUAUAACAAAUUUUUAUUAACAAUCAUACAAAUCACUAAGUUAUCAUCAACAUCUAAAAUAAUAUCUUUUCUUUUAGAAACAUGGUCUAUUCUAUUAGUCCGCUGGGAGAUUAUGUGUAUCAUUAUAAAAAAAAAAGAGCAAAUAAAAAUGAGAAAAUUGCCAAAAGAGAACAAAAAAACAACAUAGUUGUCUCUAUGGUAUAAAUCCAAUCUCAAGUUGUCCCUAUAGUAUAAUGUUUUCCAUAAUACCAAAAGUAACCUUUGAUUAAUCCCAUUAAACAUAAUUAAUUGUAUUUUAAAAAAAAAUGGUUAAAUGUUGGUUUAAUAUGGUUGCCGGAAGGGGAAAAAAAAAACAGAACAAAAGGUGUAGAAACAUUUGAUUUCCCCUAAAGUCCGUAACUCUAACAUCGAUCUCUCCGCCUCUCUCUUUCACGGCGAACAAGAUGGCGAUUGUGUCUUCUCCGUUGUGUUCCCUCCGGUGAAAUCAACGACGGAAACAGCCACCGGUGGAACCCCUUUCUCUUCUCCUACAUACCGUCUCUUCUCCUACAUACCGAAGGUAAACACCGAAGCUUCUCUCUCCACCUCUCCGUCUCUCCGCUUCUCUCCGCCUCUCUCCUCCUCUCGCCGCCUCUCCGCUUCUCUCCGCCUCUCUACGCGUCUCUCCUCCUCUCGCCGCCUCGUCGCUUCUCUCCGCUUCUCUCUUUCUCUGAAAUCGCGUUAAGCUAAGGUAUUAUGUCCGAACUUUAUCUUUUUUUAUUUCAUGUUCCUCGAUUUGGUUAUUGUUUGAUGUGUAUAUGUCUUUGUAAAUUUAUUUCGUUUUAUAUGGUUUGGUUAAUUAAUUUCGUUUGUAAACAAAAAGAUAGUCUUUGUGUUUCUGAGUUUUAUAUUUGGUUUUGUUCUUGUGUUUGUCUCUGUUUCACUAAAAUCAUUUUGUUGUCUUUUGUAGAUAUGGAGUUAGAGCUACCUAAGCGACUGUAUGCAGAGGGUUUGAAACCUCAGGUCAAGAAGAUCAACAAUUGCUGCCGCAUGGAACUUAUCAGGGAUCUGAAGAAAGCCAUGUCUGCAGAGUACAAUGAUGUGAAGAUAGAUCCUGUUUUCAAACAUAUCAUGGCUAUUGCGGAUAACAAGCUCGGGUUUUUAGGGAAAUUGGAGGAUAGUUUCUUGUGUAACCAGCUGAUUACCUCGAAGAUGCAUGAGAAGUGGUUUGUCUUUGCGAGGACGCCUCUCCGGUUUUCGCUUCAGGAGUACCAUGCUGUGACAGGCCUCAAAGUUUCUCGGGAAAGCAGCAGUGACGUAGUAACAUGGAAAAAUGACGGGGGGGGGGGGGGUUGGAAUAACCUACUAAGGACUGGUGAUAAGAUCACCUUGAAGUCGAUCCGAAAGGUGCAUCUAAAAGAAGUUCACAAGUGGACUCGGAUUGAUAGGAUGAGGUUGAUCUACCUGUGUGUGAUAAUGGGUGUGGUGAUGGGAAGAGAUGAGAAGGUGAACAUCCCUGAUAUGUACAUCAAGUUGGUGAUGGAUCUUGACAAGCGCCGGAAGUUCCAUUGGGGUCUGCACUCGUAUGACUUCCUGCUAAGUUCCAUUGAGAAGGCUAGGAAGAAGUUGGGUAAGAAGGACAGCUACAUUUUUGAGGGUUUCUCAUAUGCUCUCCAGAUUUGGAUUAUAGAAGCAAUUCCUGAUUUUGGAGAAAUAUGUGGGAGACAAGUCUCUGGCAGCUUCGUCGGUCCAAGGUGUGGCAAUUGGAAAGGAGUUGCAAACGAUUCUUAUGAAGACAUCACUGAGCUUGAGGACUCCUUAACUAAGAAGGUAACUAUCUUACAUUGUUUUCUUAUAUAUGGUUGUUGUAUAAAAUUUGUAUAGCUUUUAAUGUUUUAACUAUUUUACAGGGUGACUUGUUCUCGGUUAUUUCAGUGACUGGUAAUGGUGAUAUGUUUCAGCAUGUUGACUAUACAAGGAAGGGUGAGAUGGAAGAUGAACAAGUGGACCUUCUUCUAGAUAGGAUCAGACAGAAGUUUGAUUGGAGCUCCACAGAGCCUGAAGAAACUGAAAUGGAGGAAGCCGACAGCCAGGAUAGAGGGUCAGAAGCUGAUAAGACUGUGGCUGAUACUGAUGUUUUAGCAGAGGAGGAGACCUCUUCGGUCACGGUUGCAAGAAAAGGCAAGAGAAAGGUUCUUGAUGAAGGAGCAGUGACAAGAAAGAAGAAGUUGCUGUGUAAACGAUCUGCAGGAAAAAAUCUUGCUUUUGGUCCUGAAACUAAUAGUUUCAUUGAGGGUCUCAUCCAGACAUAUGUUACUUCCUUGGGGGAUAAGCUCAGUACGCAAAUGGCUAAUAUGGAGAGGAUGUUUACAGAGAGGAUGGGGAAGAUGGAGAUUGAGGUUUCACAGCUCAGGGACGCAAUCAGUUUGACUGGUGAAGGAAGCUAUCCUAGCAAGAAAGCAGCUGAAAAAGCUCCACUACACAGCAAAGCCAAGCAAGCUCCACCUAAGAGCAAAGCCAAUCAAGAUCCACCUAAGAGCAAAGGCGCUCAAGCUCCACCUAAGCACAAAGGCGAUCAAC